AGGGUUGCAAUAUGCGCUAGUUGUCACGAAUGUAUCUGAAAUCUCGCCAGCUGAGAGUGUCAGGCAGGGUUGUGUUUACACAUCUGACACGGACGUAGCUUAUUUUCUGGCAGGGAGACCCAACCCAGGAUCUGCGGUCAUUACCAGCACACAGGUUGUCAUGCUCACCUCGUGUUCUCAUCCUCCUGCUGUGAUAGAAGAACAUUUAGAAAAGCUGGCUAUAAAAAACUCCCAAUUGGAAUCAACAAUGCACUCGACUCACGUUGUUACCUGUGAAGACACCUCACGCACCCCGUUUACACCGCAUGAACCCAAGAUCAUGAUUUUAAGAAGACCGCAAGAAAAAUUGGAUUCGACUCCUAAUGGGAUGAUCAGCAUUAAGCAGAAACCUGUUAAAACACUUGAACAGAGACAGCAGGAAUAUGCCGAAGCAAGAUUGAGAAUACUUGGUGAUGCAGGAAGCUCUGAAGAAAAUAAGCCAAAGCCGAUACAACAAAAAUCUUUAGAGCAGAGAGAAGCGGAUUAUGCGGCUGCACGAUUGCGUAUCAUGGGAUCCUCUUCCAAGUCGGUUGAAGAACCUAUGUUAACAGGAAAUUCUCCUGGAAAUCACACGGUAAACAUCCAUAAGGAACCCCAGAAUAAUGUUGGGGUUGUAAGGAGUCCAAAGGGCCCCGACGGAACUUCUGGGUUUAGUAGAGGUGGCGGUCAUCACAGGUAGCGAAAGCUUAAGUUAGCAGUCAGUUUAGUGCUUUAUUGCAGUUGGCAAAAUGUUGGCCUGAAGCGGAUCUAAACUCCAUUUAAUGUGACAGGAGUUGGUCAUUUAAAAGAGGCUAAAAUGAAUGAGUAACAGUAUUUCUUGAAUUAUCUCACAUGUACAGUUUGUUUAACACACACACACACACACACACACACACACGCACACGCACACGCACACGCACACAAAACACACAGCAUGUUGUAUAUAUACUGGCUGUAUUUUUCAGAUCCAUCUUUCUUCUUUUACACUAUGCCUUGAGUUUUUUUUUUUACACAGUUAAUACUCAUUAUUUAUUCGUAGACCAUGAUAAUACUUAAGCUAACAAUAUAAAUUCAGGAAGAUUCCACAGGUCAUAGAGAGACAAGAUUUUGUUUAUCUAUAAGCAACAGCUAUUCGGUUGCUAUUAUUUCUAUUGAUGAUAUAUACUGAAGAAGUUAAGCUUGCAUAUGAUCAGCUUGAAGCAUGAAUCAUGUUCUUUUUCAGCUUAUGUAAAUGCUAUUCUUGUUCUUACAUUCGUAGUAUGAAAGUGUAUGCAGAGCCGUCUUUUUUAAUGUUUUAGUUAUUAAAUAUCCCCAUAUUUUCCCUGUGUAUAAAUAUAUUGUAUAAAUAAAGUACGUUGCAUAAAAAAAUACAUUGCAUAAAAAUAAAACUGAAGUCAUGAAUAUAUUACUAAGGUAGUGAGGUUCUCUACUUGGUAAUUACAGCUGAAGCAUUCUGCAUACAGUUUUUCGUACAACAUUUAAUCCCAUUAUUCAAUUUGUAUAAACAAAUUCAUCUUGGUGUGUAUGGAUGCUUGUGCUGUGUAGGUUUUUUUUUAUAUAAACAUUAAUGUACAUCUGAGGUAAUUCUUGGAAUAUGAUGGAAAUCCUCCAAGAACAUUAAAAUACAUUUUUAAAGGUGUCCUUAAAA